AAGCGGGGGCGGUGCGAGGCCGCCCUGGCAACGGCCGGCUGCGGCAAGAUGGCGGACGAGCUGGAUCAGCUACUGGACGAGGUGGAGCGGAGGUUCUGCCGCAUGCCGGAGCGGGGGGCUGCGGGCGGAGGUCGGAACGGCGACAUGGAGCGGGCGGCGGCGGCGGAGGGCAGAUCAGCUAAAACAUUAAUGGGUGCUGGCAGUGAUGAAGAUGAUAUAGAUGACAUUAUUGAUGAAAUCUGUAAUGACAGCAGCUUUGCCAGAACACCUCUGAAAUUGAAGUCUAACUACCCAAGUGUCACACCUGGAAGCAAUAGUGCUGUUGUACAGGCUCAUAGGAAAAGAUGCUGUCCAGUGUACCUGGGUGGAAGCUCUUCACCAAAUGGCGUAGGAACGAAUAUUUCAAAAAGGACGUGUGACCAGCUGCGUUGCACUGCUUGUGACUUCCGUGUAUCGCUUUUCAAUGACUACAUCUGGGAUCAGUCCUGUGAUUAUCUUUUUUUCAGGAAUAACAUGCCUGAGCUCAAUAAACUGAGAGCAAAGAUGAUAAAGAAGAAAGGAUCGCGAGCGUAUGCUUGUCAGUGCAGCUGGAGAUCCAUCAGUGAAUUAACUGACCUCCAGGCAGACCAGCAGCUUCGGUGGGUUUGUGGUAAACAUGCAGAAUGAAGUCCUCCUGUGUGUGGCACCUGCAGUUUUCUGGCAACAGAGAGAAACCUGAAUAUUUCUAUUUAGAAAUAGAUCAUAACACUCAGAGUUUUAUCCAAAAACUCUUUUUUUCACUUUGUAUUGCAAGCAGUAUGGGGAGUUGAAUUAUUAGGAGAAACAGUUUGUAGGUUUUGUGGAGACUAAAUAAUGCUAAGGCUCAUAUUCAGCAGUGUAGGAGAAAGGAAGAGGAAAAGGACAGAUUUAGACACAGAUAAAGUACCUUAAGCAUGUUCCUCCUAUCUAGCACAGAGCCUUUUUUCCCCUGGCUGCAAAAUGUUGGACUCAGAGAAAACAGUGGGCUGAGAUGCAGCCAUGACACACAAGUGUAUACAUUUCUACACAGAAAUUAAUACUGUUUUGCUUUGCUCAUAACUGUUAAUGAGCAAGUGAUUGUAGAUCUCUUAAAAGUAUACUGCAAGAUCAACUCUCACCUCUAAGGUUUCAGCACACCCCCAACACUUUAUUUGAGCUGACAGUAGCCAAAAUCUGCAGGUGUUGGAAAUUUCUUUCCAAUUCAUACUGCUUUCUUCAAAGCACUUUCUGCUGACUCAGGACUUUUACCACAGGGAAUUUCUUUGACUUCCCUUCAGCCUUCGUUGCAUGAGAUGAACAGGUUAUUGUACGACUAUUAAAUAUGCAAUUUAAAAGAUGUUUUGAAGACUGUAUGACUUUUGUCGAUACUUUCAAGGGAAAAAAAGGCUCAGUCUGUAAGGAGUGAGAAAGCAGUAUAUCCCCACUGACUUUCACGUUUGGAUUUUUUUCAGCUUCUGUAGCUUUCACUUCAGCCUCACGUCCAAAUGUUAUUCAGAAAGUGUAACUGCCCUGUUACAACACACUCCCUUCCCCCAGCAACAUCAUAACAGUACUUCCAGUAUUAUGUUACUUGGGGAAUUGUCUUGAUUGUAGCUAGUGUCACUGUAGUUUAUGAACUCCUGCUUUUCAGUAUGUAUAAAUAACACAGGGAUGGAUUUGUGUUUCAGGGGAGAAGAAGGAAGGUCAGGAUUAUCUUGGCAAUCAUGUUAUUGAAAGGUCCCAUAAUGGGAAGUCUGUUAGUAUUUCUGCUAUGCAGUGUGUAAUAUUCAAAUACCUGAAAGGUGCUUACAGAGAGAGCAGAGCUGGUCUCUUCUCACUGGUGACAGGUGACAGGACGAGGGGAAAUGGCCUCAAGUUGUGCCAGGGGAGGUUUAGGUUGGAUAUCAGGAAAAACUUCUUUACAGAAGGGUUGUUAAGCCCUGCAAUAGGCUCCCCAGGGAGGUGGUUGAGUCACCAUCCCUGGAUGUGUUUCAGAUCCAUUUGGAUGUGGUGCUCAGGAACAUGAUUUAGUGGAAGGUUGUUAGUUAGGGUAGUAUGGUCAGGUCGUGGUUGGACCCAUGAUCUUUAAGGUGUUUUCCAACCUGAGCUGUUCUAUGAUUCUAUAUUCUACAUACAAAUUCAAAAUUACUUCCUUUGUGCAAAUUCUAAGUCUACUGAUCUAUUUCUGUUUUUGUGGCAUUUUGCUCAUUGCUGUAAUUUGUACAUGAUCGAUCUGUUGUUCUUCUGAGCUUUUUUAGAACAAUUACAUUACAAUUACAGUUUCUUCAAAAGUCGCCUCUUGAGUCUGUAGCUUUUUCUGUACCCUUCUGAAAGAGCAGAUUUUGCUUGUGACCAGAGGCAUAAUGCAUUCUGCUUCCUGCUCACCUUCCGCUUCUAUGAGCGUUUUUUAAAGCUUUUAGAGGACUUGUAGUGUGCCUGGGAGACCUAGCAGUGCUUACAUGCACAGUGCUUUGGUGCUGUAGAGUGCAUGUGCAUGUUCCAGUGGCACACGCAGCCUUGCUAGUAGGCUCGGAGGUGAAUUGGCUUUGGAGAGAUACUUCAGUCUCCCUUGGCAUAGCGGUGUAUGCAAACUUUGGGGCCAGGUAUUAUUUUCAACACAAUUGCUGUUUCAGACAGCAGUUUCAAUAGUGACAAGUCUAAAACAACAGGUUCAGGAGACACGUAAACAGGAGACCAGCUGAUUAAUGUCCAGUCUGCUACUGGAAGAGGUCAGCUGACCUUUCUCUCUUCAGUGAAGAGAUAGUCCUUAUGUGGACUGUAAGAGGUGAGUGUUCGUUGGUUUUGUUCACAUGGGUCAAAGCUGUUUCCGUUCCUGGAGAACACUGGUUAGAACCAGGUAAUGGUGAGAGAACAACUCCGUUAUAAUGCCUAAUUUAUUAACAAGCAAAGAGAAGAAGGAAUUUUGUUCUUCUUGAAGGCAGUUCAAAGAGUGCUGAGUUGUCUUGGCUUGCCUGUUUCAAGGCCAUUUGAGACUGAACCAGGUAGCCCCAUGGGAUGCUGCUUUGGUCAGGGCUUCCAGGUGCCAUAAUGUAGAAAACACUGUGAGCAGGAAACAGGCCAAGUCUUAGCACCUGUCUCAGUUGGUGAGACCAAGUCUCAUGUGACUUAGAGAAGAAGCGUGUCUCCUGCACCCUGUUUUAAACAAGUUGUCACCCUCUCUAGAACUACCAAGUGUGGAGCCUUGCUGGAACAAAGUUCAAUGCAUCUGUCUUAGUGACUGUUAUGACAAGAAGACGACCUGCAGCACCUGAAAAGGGGAGGCUAGGGAGGAAUUGAGACAUGUAGACUAAAAGAGCAGAAGAAGUAAAAAUUGCUGUGAAUAUUGAUUGAUACCAUUACAUCAGCAGUUUUCUUAUGUCACCUCAGCCCUCAGUCUUCUAUUAACCCAGACAGUUGUAGAAACAGUGUGCUCUCAUACGUGAUUGUUAUCAAAUGAUCUUGCCACUAACACCAUUAAGACUACACUCCAAGCCCUGAAAAUGUUAAAAGGUAAUCUUUAUUGGUAAGUGUGUAUGAAACCUGAGCAUUCCUCUGAAAUCACAUUUAUUCAAGUAUAUUUACUUGGUCCUGACCUUGGUCAGAUAGAUGGGGUAUUUUGUCCAAGUGAAGUUACAGACACAUGCAGAAAUAAUGCUUAUUGUAGUGUUCUCCAUUACAGAAUUCAAUGUAUUUCUAGAUCUGAGAAUAGUGUGUCAUUAAAUGUAAUUAUUUUGUUGGAAAGAGGACUGGUAUUAAGGAUUUGAGUUCCCUACCUUCAGUGUUAGGUGUUACAAACCUCCUCAAAUGAAAAGAAUGUAAAAGGAUGUAACGUUGGAGCUUCUGUGCUUAAAAGUAUUCUAAGAUUGCACGAAGGUUCUCAAGAUAUAGCCCAGAGUUUACAUGAUACUUCUGUGUCACUUCUCUGAGACAGCUGGGAUUACAGGAAGAAUUUUGUUUCAGAAUGCCAUUCAGCUGUUGUCAGACUGAAGUACUGGAGAACAGCUUUGCUGAGUAUAAAUGUGAUCAUUAUUUUCCUUUAAUUUUUACUUUGGAAGAAAUAAUACCAUUUCUGUUUGGGAAGUAGGCAAGGUGAUAACAAGACUUUCAUUUGGCUUGGGUGAUGUACUUGGAAAUUUUCUAGCCUGCAGCAUUAGUCCAUAGCAGAUUCCUCAACAAAACAAGCAAUAGGUAUAACAAAAUGAGAAUCCAUGCAAAAGUGCAGUUGGAAAUGCAGUAGGUGGUUUAAUGUCAUAGCAACUUCUUAAAAUCUGUGUUCAUGCAGUACUUCUAAAGAGAAACAAAGUUCUGAUGUACAUAAUAUAUUUUAUUACAGCUUUACUUUAUGACUUUUUUAUUAAAGAUAUUGGCCUGCCAUAGAAUUUAACAUACUAAAGCAUAGUGGUGUUACAUACGGCAGGGUCUGCAUUGUGUAAAAUUGAAUAAAGAUUUCUUUUUUCCUGAGCAAGUAUUUCAGUUUUUUACUUAAAGCAUUCUGUAAAUGUGAGGCACCAGAAGUUUCCACUUGUUAGAAGACCGCUCGCUUCCUUCUUUCCUGAGUGCAGCUGGCACAAGUGGCACUCAGUGCGCUGUUUUGGGAGAUGCCAAAGCAAAUUCAUCCUACCAGGCUUUUUGUUUUUUUCCACACUGGGCCCAACCAGUUUUGCCUUUUAUACAACAAUCUGAUCACCACAGACAGCCAACCUAUGGGGGAUGGAAAUAAAGGAGUGCCAUGUGCUGCUCAUCUGUGAGAGCCACCUACCGUGCCUGGAACUGGGCAUAUGUGCAUUGAGGAAUGUCUUUUUAAAAUGUAGAUGUGUCAGUAAAAUGAAGAAGUGGAACAAAUCUGAAUUGUGUGUCUUGAAAACUGUGACUCUAAUACGUUGUUCCUGUCUAAGAGAAGACUUAUGAAAAUGAUGGGGGACCAUGUUUUCUCUGUUGAAAGGGUCAUGAAAUUCCAGCAAUAAAAAAGUGUUGCUCUAGGUUGUGAGAAAGAGCAAGUAGAUGUUGUUUUCUUACCUCAGUGGGGAUGAAGCAAUUAUGUAUGAAGUAAAAGAGUUUUAUCAUUCUCUAUCAGACAGCACAUGGACAGUACAUUAAAUUGAAGUGAGUUCAAAAAGGCAGAUGCAUUUACCACAUUUCUUGAAUGCUUAGCUAGGAUAAAAGUUGGAGGCAGUUGCUGUGGGAGGUGGCAUAUAGCUGAACUUACAGAGCAGGAUGCUGGUGCCUUCAUGUGUCAGUGAAGGCAGGCUAUCACUAGUUUCAUAGCACUUAAAAGUGGGGUUAUGGAUGAAGGGAGCACUCCAUUUGCAGUCUCCUAGAUGUUGUUAUGACAAAAUACCAGGAAGAACUCGCUCUGCCUACAGGCGUUGGAAUAAAUCUUGUUUCUCCAGCAUGAAGAAAUUCUGCAUGACACAAAUUAGAGUAAUUGACCUAAAUAUCUCUUAUAAUCCAUUUCGCACUUGAGUUCCAGGUAUUGGUGCCAUUGGGGCAACAAUUAUUUCUCAUUCUGAAUAGGCAGUGUGGAUGUGGUAAGAACUCACAGGAAGCACUGUCUCACAAAUACCCCCAACUUAUCUUACUCAUGCUUUGCAUUGUCACAGUGUGUGGUUAGAGGGUAGUUCCUAUGCUAUACCCUAUACCCUAGAGGGUAGUUCCUGUGCGUGUUCAAUUCACUUUGACAGCUUUAAUUCUGCUGUUUUAGACAUACUUUAAAAGUGUCUUUGGGAGUAAGAUGUGAUUACACCAUGUCGUCUGUAGAGGGCAGAGCAACACCGCUGAGUGUUGCAGUCCAGGCUUCUGCUUAACUGUACAACCGCAGCCUUUUUUUCUAGAGUAAUGAAGGUUUACCUAUUUUUGUAUUUGUCUCCCAUUGGUGUAAUUAUAGAUGGGGCAGCCAGAUCUGUGGCAACUCCACUUGAUUUUUGCAUGACUUCAUCCAAACUACUCAAGUCGUCCUUGACCUGUACUGAAGCUGAUUAUCUUUUAGCCCUCAGCUAAAGAAUCAGUAGUAAAAAUGUGUGUGCAUAUACAUAAACAUACACACAUACAUACAUACAUACACACACAUGUGUAUGUAUCUUCUAGCAACAUCAGAGGAAGAACUGAGUCUCCUUUGGGAUUUACCUUUCACCCUGCCCCAAUUAAUUUCCUCUGAAAAUGCUGUUAAGCAAUUUUGGCAAGCAGAGGUUGUGUAAUUCAGAAUCUCAUGAUGUCCAGUACAAAGUUGAUAUAGUUUAUAUACUCUGGGCAGCCUUGUCUGGUGGUUGGCAACCCUGCUCACGGCAGGGGGGUUGAAACUAGAUGAUCUUUGAGGUCCUUUUCAAGCUAGGCCGUUCUUUGAUUCUAUGAAAGCACACUGCCCAAGGUGUGACAAGAUGGCAAAACUUACAAAGAAACUGGCAUAAGAUCAAGGUUCUAGAAAUGCCAAAAGAUUGUUUCUGUCUAUGUAGAAAAGCAAUAUGGAAGAUGGGAGCUGCUCCAUAGCAUGUGACUGCUGGCAGUGAGAAUCUUCCAAGGACCUGUACCUUGCAGUACAUCAGCCGUUAGCCAUGGUUAAGGUUUUGGUGAACAGCAAGAUAUAAAAUGGUGUAUCCACUUGAACUCUCUUCAGGUCCUUCAGUAAAUCAGUAGAUGGAAGUUAAGUACUAAACACAGUCUCUAUUAACCUGUGAGGUUGUGCUUCUUUCUGUAGUUUCAAGGCUAACUUCUGCACACAAAGCGAUAACGUGCCUUUAACCAGGAGCACAGAUAUAUCUCACCCAUAAAAUCAAAAAUUGCUUAUUUUGCUGGUGGAAGAGUAUCAUCUGAAUUUAGCCUAGUUACACCAUCGAUGAG